AUGAAAAUCAACAAGUUUUUUGCUCAAUUUUUGGCACUUCUCAUCUUCAACUCGACUGUAAAUACUCAAAUUGACAAUAAGCUGUCAAGUUAUGUCUGUAAAAUCACCAAAGAUGUUACAAAGUCCAAUACAGACACACAGGAUGUCCUCAUUGUAAAUUUAGCUCAAAAAAUGUGGUCAUCGACUUUAAAUGACAUUGCUGGAUGUGUUGGACAUGACAAUGCUGUGGUUGUUAGCGAUUUCAAUGACGUCAUUAUUGAGAAAACUUUAAGGAAGGCAGCAAUAAUUGUAAUUGCAUUAGGAUUGGCAACUCAGCUAAAUCUUACUAAGCGACUACAAAUCAUGCGACAGUUUAUGCUGUAUGGAUUCUUUGAUGUUGCUGUUGUCUAUCAGAAUGACAUUGGUUCAAUUAAGUUUGAGCUGUUCCACACAUUAAAAAUGGGAAUAAGAGUCUUAACAGAACCAGAACAAAGUAAACUCGUCUUUCCUGACAAACUAAAGAUGGCUGGUCUUACUUAUAAAGUCAUUGCAUAUUCACAAGCACCAAGAGUUAUUGUUAAUUCAAAAGGAAUUGCCUCAGCAUUGAUGUACUUCUUGGAUACUGUUGUAAGGCUCCAGAAGGCAAAUUAUGAACUUUAUAUUAUUAGUGAUUUAAAAGAUAUUAAAAUGCAUUGGAUGAAUCGAGCUUUUCAUCUGUGCCUGAGUAAUGGUGUAAUUAUGGAGACAUACGAGCAAAAACUGUUGACUUAUGAAGAGAAUGGAGACUGUGCAUUAGUUCCAUUGCCACCUAAGGUUCCGAUUUUCCAGUCAAUCUUCAUUGAACCAUUUGAUGGUCUCACUUGGCUGUUCUUUGUCCUUACUACGGGUUGUUCUGUUGCUGUUUGGUGGAUGUUCCAUGGUCGUGGUGCUGUCGAUUCUGCUUGGCUUCUAGGUUAUGGCAUGUUUGUCAUGUUCAUCGGUCAAGGUAUCGAUUUCAGUCGCAAGAAUCGCUUAGUGCUGGCUUUUCUGCUUGAGUUGAUCAUUGUAAUGGUUUGGAUACUCUGCAAUGCGUACGAGGGUGUCAUCACAUCCUUUAUGAUCCAACCAAUACAAGAACAUCGACUUGAGACAUUUGAUGACUUGGUAGCUUCAGAUUAUAAGAUAUUUUCCGAUACAGUCUUUGCAUCAAAAAUAUCAACAUCUGAAGCAUACAAAGUUCUCAUGCCCAGAUUGAACUCAUCAGCAAAAGACUUAUAUGAUGAGUUCUUUUUGGAACUGGCACGAAAGAAUUAUGUGUUCAUUAUUUCAUGUGAUCAGGCUGAAGUUAUAGUUAACCAGAUGUUGCCAAGAGAAAACAAAAGAGUGUCUGAAUUCUAUUACUUGCUCCCAAAAAAGUUUCUGCCAUCUUUGGUACAGUUGGAAGCAAGCUAUUUGAAUCCAGUUCUUGACAUACUUCAAUACUACAUGGAUUUAUCAUUUCAAGCAGGUUUGCUAUAUAUUUGGGAACUAUUUCAUUAUUUAGACAGUCCAUAUACGUUUAGACAGGAAAUCUCUGAUCAAUUUGAGUACUUAAAGUUUGAAGAUCUAACUCAAGUAUUCAGCAUCCUAGUAGGUGGAUAUGUGAUAACAACAGCCUUGUUUCUCAAUGAAGUUUUCUUUCAUGACAUUUUGGGAAAGUUAAAACUAGCUUGCCUCGCACAUAAGUUUAAGAAUCGAGUACAUCAGAUGGCAUAUAAGAAGAGGAAGCAGGCAAGAUAUCCAAAGUAUCAAAAAGGAAAUUUUGGAAGUCACAUGUGGUCAUCAACAAUAAAUCACAUUGCAUUGUGUUUAGGAGCUGACAAUCCCAUGAUAAUUACUAGAUUUAUGACCUUUCAAGUCACCAAGAUCCUAAGAAAGGCAACUGUUGUCAUUAUUACAGUUGAUUACAUUGAUUUGAAAAUCUUCAAAUUAAUAGUUCAGCGUAAGGUAAUGACAAAUAUUCAGCAUUUUAUGGCUAAACUAUUGAUAAUCACACCAAACACAAUCUUAGGAGACAAAACCGACGAAGCACUUGAAAUAUUUUCAGAUUUUGGAGUUCUUAACAUUGCAUUUAUUCAUCAAACUGAAAAUGGUGACAUUCAAGUUAAGAUUAAUGCAUCGCUGGUUAGUCAGCAAAGUUUAAUACUAAACCAACCUGAUGCAUCAUUGAUAUUUCCUGAUAAACUUAAAGACAUGCAAGGAUUUACUUAUAGAAUUGCUGUAAAUCGACAACAUCCACGCAUAUAUAUUGUUAAUGGAAAGUACGUUGUAGAGCCAAGUCUUAGCAGGCUUGGAAUUCACUGGCUACAACGAACAAUGCAUCUGACAUUAAAUUCAGCACUACGAAUGACGUCAGAAAAUCGAGAACCAGAGCUUUUAGUAUAUGAGCAGAACGGUUAUUGUGCAUUAGUUCCAUUGCCACCUAAAACCACACUUUUUCAGUCAAUUUUCAUCCAGCCUUUCGAUGGACUCACUUGGUUGUUUUUUGUCUUUACAAUGCUUUGUACGGUUGCUGUUUUUUGGAUGUUCCAUGGUCGUGGUGCAGUUAACUCACCAUGGUUACUUGCAUAUGGCAUUUUUGUCAUAUUCAUCGGUCAAGGUAUCGAUUUUAGUCGCAAGAACCGUUUAGUGCUGACCAUUUUACUGCAGUUGAUCAUUGUCAUGGUUUGGAUACUCAGCAAUGCAUACGAAGGUGUCAUCACAUCAUUUAUGAUCCAACCCAUUGAAGGAGAGCAAUUUAGUACAUUUGAUCAGCUUAUAGCAUCAGAUUAUGAAAUAAUUGCUGAUGACUUAUUUGCACUUGACAUUAAAGAUUCAGAAGCUUAUAAAUCUUGCUGCAAGUUAUCUUAA